AUGUCUCACAUUUUGUUUGGUUGCGUUCUGUUGACAGGUUACGGCCACUCUACGCCCAACACGGUGGGCGGCAAACUGUUCACCAUGUGCUACGCCAUCGUCGGCAUCCCGCUGGGACUCGUCAUGUUCCAGAGCAUCGGCGAGCGCCUCAACAAGUUCUCUUCGGUGGUGAUCCGCAACGUGAAGCGGAUGCUGCACUGCAAGAACGAGGAGGCGUCCGAGAUCAACCUCAUCUUCGUGGUGACGACGCUCAGCAGCCUCACGAUCGCGGGCGGCGCGGCCGCCUUCAGCCGCUACGAGGGCUGGACGUACUUCGACUCGGUGUACUACUGCUUCAUCACGCUCACCACCAUCGGCUUCGGCGACAUGGUGGCGCUGCAGAAGGACAAGGCGCUCGAGCGCAAACCCGAGUACGUCGCGUUCGCACUCAUCUUCAUCCUGUUCGGGCUCGCCAUUGUGGCCGCCUCGCUCAACCUGCUCGUGCUGCGGUUCGUCACGAUGAACACCGAGGACGAGCGGCGCGACGAGGCGGAAGCUCUGCAGGCGGCGCAAGGCGCGGUGCGGCUGGAGGGCGACGUCAUCACGGCGAACGGGUCCAUCCUGAGCGGGCAGCUGGGCGGCGGCGGCGACGACUCGAGCUCGGGCGGCGGCGACGCGGCGUCCGUCUGCAGCUGCUCGUGCUACCCGCGCGCCGCGGCGGCGCAGCCCCGCUACACGGUGCGCCGCGCGCCCGGCCGCAUCCAGCACCUGCUGCCGCUGCAGCCGCUCGCGCUGGCCACGGGCGCCGUGACGCGCGGCGACCUGCCGCCGCUGCACCCGCACCGCGCCUCUAUCUGA